AUGGCUGGUCAGAGACAUGCCUUCUGUGCAGCUUUUGUGUAUGGGCUCAAUACAGUGGAGGAAAGGAAGAGGUUAUGGCAAGGCUUAACUAGGCUUACUUUCCCUGCAAAGUCUAGGGUUCUCCUGGGUGAUUUUAAUGCCAUAUUUAAUGUUAAGGAUAGAAGUGGUGGUAAAUCUGUUUCCAAAUCAGAAUUGAUGGAUUCUUCUCAAUGGCUUGUUGGGAAUCAAGUGGAUUCGCUUAAAAGUACUGGAUCUUUUUUUACAUGGACAAAUAACCAAGAUGGUCCAGCUUGUAUCUACUCUAAGAUAGACCAUGUCUUUACUAAUGAGGACUGGCUUGAUUGUUUUCCUAAUUCCACAGCUGUUUUUCGUUGGGAAACUGUCUCUGAUCAUUGUUCUUGUAUCAUUUCUGCAACAUCCAUGGAGAUUAUGGGUGUUAAACUGUUUCGGUCCUAUAAUUUUUGGACAGAUCAUCAGUAUUUCAAAAAGGUGGUUCUGCAUAGCUGGAGGAAACCGAUUAAUGGGACUGGUUUGAAGGCUAUUUACUUGAAGACCAUGAGGCUGAAACAUAGAUUGAAGAGAUUUAACAGGGAUAAUAUUGGAGACAUAGGAGUGAAAUAUCAGGAGGCAAAGGAUCAUUACCAGGAAGCUCAACUCCAAGCUCAAGAACAUCCUAGGGACCCUGUUUUUCAAGAGAUAGCAACGUCUGCUGUUGUAGCUUUCCAUGUUCAGGAGCAAAUGUACCACAGUUUUUGGCUCAAAGAAGUAAAAUUACUUGGUUACGGAAGGGAGAUAUGA